UCGGGAGUGCUGCAUCUCCUCUUUUGGUUCAGAGAAUCCAGCUGGGGGUCCAAACCCGCUGCCUGGUAGGCGCCGGCGUUCCGCAACUCUGGGAAUAGAACGUGCGAGGGCGGGAGCAGGCAGCUCACUUAUCGCGGUGUUUCCUCCGUCCUACCCCCCGGGGGAGUUCUCGCGAGAGAAGCCAGGGGAAGAUGGCCGUGCCCUGUUUUUCUGAGUGAGGCAGUGGCGGCGGCUGCGGCGGUAGGGACGGGAAUCCUAGUGUCGUGGGCACUUGAGCUGUAGCUCCCCCCAGCGAGCGCGCGUCCCUUCGUGCCUAGGCGAGAGCCGGCUCUUCUUCCUCCGGGAGAUGCGUUUGUCCCGGGCUCGGGGGCGCUCUGGGAGUUCAUGCUGCGCUGGAGUAUCCUGGCCACCGCUCUAAUCGCCUUGUGCCGCCGCAGCGCCAGUUUCGUCGCCAGCGGUGAGCCUCCUGGAUUCCUUCUCUGCCCGUGGCGGCGAUGACCGGGGAGAAGAUCCGCUCAUUGCGGAGGGACCACAAGCCCAGCAAAGAAGAGGGGGACCUGCUGGAGCCUGGGGAUGAGGAAGCGGCGGCUGCCCUCGGCGGCACCUUUACCGGAGGCAGGAUUGGCACAGGCGGCAGCAACAAGAGCGGUAGAGCCUGUCAUAAGAUCUUCAGUAACCAUCACCACCGGCUACAGCUGAAGACAGCUCCGGCCUCCUCCAAUCCCCCCGGCGCCCCGGCCCUGCCGCUGCACAAUUCCUCCGCGACUCCCAUCUCCCAGUCCCCGGCUCUUUUAGCGGGCACCAACCCCAUUGCUGUCGUCGCAGCUGGAGGCAGUUGCCCUGCACACUACCCGGUGCACGAGUGCGUCUUCAAGGGGGAUGUGAGGAGACUGUCCUCUCUCAUCCGCACGCACAAUAUCGGGCAGAAAGAUAAUCACGGAAACACUCCUUUACAUCUUGCUGUGAUGUUAGGAAAUAAAGAAUGUGCCCAUUUACUUUUGGCUCACAAUGCUCCAGUAAAGGUGAAAAAUGCUCAGGGAUGGAGCCCGCUGGCGGAAGCCAUCAGUUAUGGAGACAGACAGAUGAUUACAGCUCUUUUAAGGAAGCUUAAGCAGCAAUCCAGGGAAAGUGUUGAAGAAAAACGACCUCGAUUAUUAAAAGCCCUGAAAGAGCUAGGUGACUUUUAUCUCGAACUUCACUGGGAUUUUCAAAGCUGGGUGCCUUUACUUUCCCGAAUUCUGCCUUCUGAUGCAUGUAAAAUAUACAAGCAAGGUAUCAAUAUCAGGCUUGACACUACUCUCAUAGACUUUAGUGACAUGAAGUGCCAACGAGGGGAUUUAAGCUUCAUUUUCAAUGGGGAUGCGGCACCCUCUGAAUCUUUUGUAGUAUUAGACAAUGAACAAAAAGUUUAUCAGCGAAUACACCAUGAGGAAUCAGAGAUGGAAACAGAAGAAGAGGUUGACAUUUUAAUGAGUAGUGAUAUUUACUCUGCAACCUUAUCCACCAAAUCAAUUUCUUUCACGCGUGCCCAAACUGGAUGGCUUUUUCGGGAAGAUAAAACAGAAAGGGUAGGAAACUUUUUGGCCGACUUUUAUCUGGUGAAUGGACUUGUUUUAGAAUCAAGAAAAAGAAGAGAACAUCUCAGUGAAGAAGACAUUCUUCGAAAUAAGGCCAUUAUGGAGAGUUUGAGUAAAGGUGGAAACAUAAUGGAACAGAAUUUUGAGCCGAUUCGAAGACAGUCCCUUACCCCUCCUCCUCAGAACACUAUUACGUGGGAAGAGUAUAUAUCUGCUGAAAAUGGAAAAGCUCCUCAUCUGGGUAGAGAACUGGUGUGCAAAGAAAGUAAGAAAACAUUUAAAGCCACAAUAGCCAUGAGCCAGGAAUUUCCCUUGGGAAUUGAAUCAUUAUUGAAUGUUUUGGAAGUAAUAGCUCCCUUCAAGCACUUUAAUAAGCUUAGAGAAUUUGUUCAAAUGAAACUUCCUCCAGGCUUUCCUGUAAAACUAGAUAUACCCGUGUUUCCUACGAUCACAGCCACUGUGACUUUUCAGGAGUUUCGAUAUGAUGAAUUUGAUGGCUCCAUCUUCACCAUACCCGAAGACUACAAGGAAGACCCAAGCCGUUUUCCUGAUCUUUAACUGACACAGAAGAUGAUGCCAUUCAACCAAGGAAAGCUAGAGAAUGCAGAGACCCCAGAGUGAAUCCAAAUAGAAGGGACAAAUGCUUUCGAGGAAAAGGGAAUUAUGUUGACUUGACACAUCAGUGAUAUAAUGAAAUGGGCCUCCAAUAAGAAUUUCAGCAAGUUUCCUGAUGUGCCAUUUUCAGUCUUUUUAAAAAUAUACGUAUUAUAAAUGUGAUAGUUUGACACCUUAAUGACCCCAAGUCCUUCUUAUGUAAAACAGCUACGAGUGCUGUGAUUUGUUUUUAAAAAUUUUUACACUUCUUGUUGAAAUAUAUAUGCAUAUAUCUAUAUCUAUAUCUGAAACACUCCUGGACCAUUAACAUAAAUUAAAUGUCUUAAGAGAUAUGAAGCCCUUUUAAACUUGUCAUCUUAUAUUCAAGGUGACCUUUAUAAAUAUUCCUUCAAGCUUUGUUUUCAUAAAAUGUAAAGUAUGUAACAUUAUGUAUAGUUCAGUAAUUUGAAUGUUCGUUCAGUAUAAUGAACUAGAAGGAAUGCAGUUUUCUGUAGAUGAAUGAACCAAAUGGUAACCAUUAAACAGUUGCAUUUAUAUGUUGCAAUACAUUUCAGAAGGAGCGUUCACUCUGCAGGGAAUACGGUACCUCCUUUUUAGCACCUUAGUGCAGUUCAUCGUGGUGCUAUUUGUUUUUACCUGAAUUCUUUCUUCAAUGGAAAAUAUUUGUUACUAAUCUUCCUUUCAUAGAACCUCGAUUUUUUUUUUUCUAAACUUGAGUUUAAAAGUCCUUUUUUGUGUUCAUGAUAAGGUACAGUUAGCAUGCUUAAAAAUACUCUUCUUCCAAAUCUGAGCACUUUAAAGAAAUUCCAAAUAUUUAAACUUGCUUCCUAAUAAGUGCACAUCAUUCUGAUUAUUUCGUUUAUUUUUAGUGGUAUAUGGAUGCAUUUGUGUCAGUUUUAAAUACAAUCCACAUAUUUUGGACAUCCCUACAUAUUUAAUGCUUUCAAAAUAAGGUAAAAACAUUUUAUAUAACAGAAUAUAUUUGUUACAAGUUAAAUUCCAGAAACAUACUCAAGAUUGACAAUUCCUACUGUUAUUUUUUUAAGUCACAAGAAAAUAUUUAUUGAUUUUAAUUACCUCCAGUGUUUAAAUCAUGCAUUAUUCAUUUUUGCACUUAAAAUCUUUCAUACUUAUUCCAAGAUGGUUUGAAGGUCCAAGAAUGAAAAUAAAUUAGGGAGAAUAAUGUAUUAACAGUCAUAAAAUGUUAUGUUACAUUAAAGAACUUAGCUGAAGAAAUGUUUUUUAAAUGUAUCCUGAGAAAUGUGUCAGAAUGGAUCUGUCAAGUUUUUUUAGAGUGAUCAGUAAUUUAAACUUUUUCCAGGAUUUUAAAUAAUUUGAAUGAGUUUAGAGACCUUUAUUGAAGAGAUGAUUUAUUUAAAAAUCCAAAGCAUCAACCAUAAGAAAUUUUAUAAUAAAUGUCUUUGAAGCUGCAUCUUCCAUGCUGAUACCUAC